CAGCGGCGGGAAACACAGCUGAUCGAGGAGAGGAGAUUUCGCGCAACUUUGAGGUCAGUGUGCGGAAGAAGACGGACAGAAAGAGGCGCAGAGGGAAACCAACGCAGAGGAAACACUUCACCGAGACCCAAGAAGACUUCUGUCACGUUUUUAUAAAGAUUAAACACAAGAUGCCCAGCACACGCUCCCAGGGCCGGGCUCAGCCCACGCUGUCCUUCCCUCGCCGCAAAUCCUGCAGAGUUCCCGCUCGCUCCAAGACGCCGCAGAAAUCUCCAGCCCCGUCGCCGAGCAAACCCGAGCCCCAGCACCUCGACCAGAAGCUGACUCGGAUCGGACCGCUCCCCCCGAGGUCCCCCGGCCUCCAGCCACGACUUCCACUCAGCCCCCGGAAACGCACAGGUGACGACAACGGCUGCAACCUCGGCGCCGGCCUGCUGGGUUCUCCACCGAAACAGAGCAAGCCGUCCCUGGCCUCGCCACGGAAGCUCGGCUUCGACGAGAACUCGCCAGUCUCUGCUCGCAGACGUCUGGUGCCGUCAUCACCACGCCAACCGCUCUCACCCGCCACCGCGUUGUCCCCGAGGCGCCAGGAAACGCCAACUGGAAGCCCGGCCAAACACCAAAACUCUGAGAAGAAACCGCCGGUUGCUCGACUCUUUGCAGAAAAGUCGAGGUUUCAGGACGUGAAGCAGGCGCUGCACACCGCCGUCCCCGAGCGGCUUCUGUCCCGGGAGGCCGAGCGAGCGUCCAUUCGCUCUUUCCUGGAGGAUAAAGUCCUGCAGCGCCUUCCCGGCAGCCUCUACAUCUCCGGAGCACCGGGGACCGGCAAGACCGCCUGCUUCAACUGUGUGCUGCAGGAGAUGAAGGCCGAGCUGUCGUCGGUACAGACGGUGGUGGUGAACUGUAUGAGUCUGCGGAGCUCCCACGCCAUCUUCCCGCUGCUCGCCGACAAGCUGAGAGCGCCCGGCGGACAGAACGGCCUGCAGAGGUUCCUGUCGGCCCCGGGGCCCGCUGUGCUUCUCGUUCUGGAUGAGAUGGACCAGCUGGACAGUAAAUCUCAGGACGUCCUCUACACCAUCUUUGAAUGGCCGUACCUGCCAAAGUCUCGCCUCUGUCUCGUCGGUAUCGCCAACGCUCUGGAUCUGACCGACCGCAUCCUGCCCCGACUGCAGGCUCGCCCUCACUGUCGCCCCCUGCUCCUAAACUUCCCUCCCUACAGCCGUCAGGAGCUCACCGCCAUCGUACAGGACAGACUCGCUUCGGCGUCGGCCGAGGGGAUCAUGGACGCCUCGGCGGUUCAGUUCUGUGCCAGGAAAGUGUCGGCGGUGUCGGGAGACGCCAGGAAAGCUCUGGACAUCUGCAGGAGAGCGGUCGAGGUUGUGGAGUCUGACGAGAGGAAGAAAACAUCAGGUCCUGAAUCUAAAGCGUCGCGGGUCAGCCUCCCCCAGGUGGCGCGGGUGCUGUCGGAGGUGUACGGCGACCGGAUGGCGUCUCAGUGCGGCGGUGGAUCUGAUGGAGAGAGCUUCCCCCUGCAGCAGAAGCUGCUGGUCUGCUGCCUGCUGCUGCUCAUUCGCAACGGGAAGAGCAAAGAGAUCGUCCUCGGAAAGCUCCACGAGGUUUACAGCCGCCUGUGCGCUCAGAGGCAGGUGUCUGCAGUCGGUCAGGGCGAGUGUUUGUCUCUCUGCAGUCUGCUGGAGAGUCGAGGAAUCUUCGCUCUGAAGAAAGCCAAAGAGGCUCGUCUCACGAAGGUGUUCCUGAAGAUCGAAGAGAAGGACGUUGAAAACGCUCUGAAGGAUCGAACUCUGCUGGGCAGCAUCCUGGCUGCAGGCCUCCCCUCCUGAGCACAUAUUUAUUAUUUUCACUUUUUAAGUUGAACACAUGAACCGACGAUUUAUACUUUUAUUCUCGUUUUUGCUGAGAAAUUGUACAGUUUGUUUAUUUUUAAAUUCUUUUUAAAUGAAAAUAUUUACAAAAUUUUUUUUUUUUUUUUCUUCCUAAUACUGAUGUUGAAGUUCAGUUGAGUUGAAUAAUGACGUCACAUCAGUUAUGAGAUUAACAGCAUCUGUUUCAGUUUGGAAACGUUUCCGUUUUUAUGCUGUAAAUAAACAAAUGUACAGACGUUUUAAA